AUGUCGUCUAGUGGCACCAUAAGUAACUAUUAUGUCGAUUCUCUCAUAGGCCAUGAAAGCGAAGAAGUUUACGGGAGUAGAUUCGUCCAGGGAGGUCACAGUGCGACCUCCAGGCCAUCAGGUGUUGCAGAGAGUUCAGAUUUUUCCUCCUGUAGCUUUGCGCCAAAAUCCACCGUGUUCUCCACCUCCUGGUCCACGGUUCACCCUCAGCCGUCUGCGGCAAUGACCGGGAUCUACCACCCCUACAUGCACCAGCCCCACUUAGGGGCCGGCGACACCGGCCGCUACGUGCGCUCCUGGAUAGAGCCCUUCCCGGGAUUCCCGGGCGGCGGCGGCAGCGGCGGCGGCGGAGGCAGCUCCGCGUCCAGCUCCGGCUCCUCCAACGGGCGCCACUACGGGAUAAAGCCUGAGACGGGAGCAGCCGCCUCCUCGUCUUCCUCCUCCUCCUCCUCCUCCUCCAAAAGGACUGAGUGCUCCUCGUCCCGGGAAUCCCAAGGGAUCGCUGUGCCCGAGUACACGUGCAGCUCCUUCCUGCAGGAGCCCCGGGAGAAGGCGGCUGCCGGCAGCUCCAAGGACCCCGCCGCCUGCAGCCACAACCCCAGCCCGAGCAGCGAUCUGAAGGAGGAGAAGCAGCAGCAACUUGACCCAAAUAACCCUGCAGCAAACUGGAUCCACGCUCGUUCAACGAGGAAAAAGCGUUGCCCCUAUACAAAGUAUCAAACUCUGGAACUGGAAAAGGAAUUCCUCUUUAACAUGUACCUCACCCGAGACCGUCGUUACGAAGUAGCUAGGAUUUUAAAUCUCACAGAGAGACAGGUCAAAAUCUGGUUUCAGAACAGAAGAAUGAAAAUGAAAAAGAUGAACAAGGAGAAAGGCAGUAAAGGAGACUAA